AUGGCUUCAAUGUUGCACUAUUUCGGCUUCAACGCCUCUACCUCUAAGGAAGAAGCCAAAGCUUCUCCCGUUCGCGCCCUGCCUGCAUCAUGGUACACUUCACCAGAGAUGUACGAGCUAGAGCGCCGAGCCAUAUUCUCAAAGAGAUGGCUUUUCAUUACCCACAGCAUGCGGUUGAAGAACACUGGCGACUGGCUCCGCUAUGAGAUAGCAGGUUUCGACUUCAUAAUCACCCGUGACCGACAAGGCAAUAUCAACGCAUUCCACAACGUAUGCAGACACCGUGCAUACCCGGUAGUCGAGAAAGAGGAAUCCGGAAAUUCCGCAAUCCUCGCUUGUCGAUACCACGGCUGGUCUUACGGACUGAAUGGCAAGCUUGCCAAAGCUACGAAAUACCAAGAGCUGAGUAACUUUGAUAAGGAACAUAAUGGUCUUUUCAGAAUCCACCUCAAGAUCGAUACCAAUGGCUUUAUCUGGGUUAAUAUGGAUGCGAAUGAAGUUCCAGAAGUGUCAUGGGAGGAGCAUUUCCAAGACGUUGACAAGCAGGAGCGGUACAAAGCAUACAACUUCGAUGACUAUGAUCUUGACCAUACUUAUGCGCUUGAGGGUGAUUAUAACUGGAAGAUAUUGGCGGACAAUUUCAACGAAUGCUACCACUGCCCUACAACACACGCUGAUAUUCCUGAAUUUCUCAACCUUGAAUCCUUCGAUAGCGAUCUCAAAGGUGGACACAUACAACACCAUUGCGAAUCUACACCAGAGCAAAUUGAGAAGGGUCUUUACACUGCUAGUACUUACUACUUCCCGAUGUCUGCCAUGGUUGUGUCGCCGCAUUUUAUCAUGAUACAGAAAUUCCUCCCUUCAAGCGCCAAAAGCUCAAAGAUGGCUUAUGAGAUUUACCGAAACCGAAACUCCUCCGAUACAGACUUCAAACUUAUCAGUGAUAUGUACGCGCGCGUCAUGGGAGAAGACAAAGUUCUCUGCAACAAUGCACAAAGGAAUCUUGACCGAAAUGUCUUUACGAGUGGCGAGCUUCAUCCUAAGUACGAGAAGGCGCCGCUGUUCUUCCAGAGAACAGUCCGUGAGGUCAUCACUGAGCACUUUGAGCGUGAGAAAACUGAAGGGCGGGAGAUCUGGCCGGCAAAACCGAAGAACAUGGCAUUCAACCUCCCCAUAGAGCUACUGGAGAUUAUCACGUCUUUCUCGGACACGGAAACCCUCAAGGAGCUGAGACUGACAAACCACAUGCUAUCUGGCCUUGCAACCAAGAAUCUAUUCUCCACGUUCGCACUCAACACCUCGGAUCAAAGCUGUGAGGAUUUCGGGUCAAUCGUAGACCAUCCGCAGUUGAAAGAACAUGUGCGCAAAAUUCGCCUCAAUACUGUCGAGGAAGACGAUGGCUCUGACGAUGAGCAUGAUGAACUUGAGUUGCCUUACAAAUGGAAGAAGCUCCUACUCACGCUACCAAAAUUUCCAAAUCUCGAAAGCGUCGUUCUGCGCUUCGAGAAAAACUGCACGAUGGACGAUAGUUGGACUUUCAUACCUCAGCCACCUGCGUACCGAGAAGCCAUCAUAGAAUGGCUGGGUACGGGGCUAGUGUCUUUGAAACAACCAUUGAAAGAACUGGGGAUUCAGAAUCAGCAGAACGUAACAACACCGAGCAAAGAUCUUCAGCAAGUACUGAGCACACUGAGUUCGCUGAGAAUGAAUGUUAAGCAUCAGCUCGAACCAGCAUGUCCUGAAAAUGAAAUCGAGAUGGAGGAAGUGGAAGAAUUCUACGCAAAUAUACUGCCGUCAUUGUGGCUGAAACCCACGAUGGGAUCACUUCGGAAGCUGUCUCUAUACGCCAAUUUGUACUGGGGUUUCUAUCCCAAAUUCAGCCUCGAAGGGAUCCACUUCCCAAACUUGCAGUCGCUUACUCUGGGAAACUUCUGCUUCUUCGAAGAUCAGCAGCUUGAUUGGAUUCUAUCGCACUCGUCAACACUUCAGCAACUUAACCUUGACGAUUCUCCGAUCUUAUUCCAAGCGAGAAUACUGGAUGACGAAUCACAGCUUGCUAAAUGUCCGCUAUCAAAAUCCAGAAUGGAAUAUCGCACUGGUCAACCCAGGCUCCUUGAUGAUGGCUGGUACUACCAUUAUCCACGCCGGUGGCAUCACUACUUUGCCUCAUUUGAGACAGGCCUUCCGCACCUCCGUCGUUUUGCGAUUGGUCACAAUGCAGCAUGGCGUUCGGAGGAUGGGUUUAAUCUACCCUUUGAGAAAGAACUCGACCUUGUGCCGGCAUUGCUGAAAGACCGGUACAUGUUGUUUAAUGGCGGUGUUGGACCCUCUCAAUUUUCGGGACCAGAAUAUUACAAUGGGGACGAGGAUUGGCCGCAGUGCCAUGACGAAGAUCGUGACGCUUUGAAGGCAUUAUACCGGAAGAUCAAGCAGCAGGUAAACUAUGCAAAGUUUGAGAUAGGGCACGAGGAUAUGGAUGACGAUUAA